AUGUGUCUCUUGAUCAACGUGCCCAACAUUUUGGGGGGUAACACAAGGAAAACAAAACUUCCAUGGGGAAAUGGAAAGGGAGAAGAGCCUCUUCACCUAGUGGAAGCCUCGCGCCGCGCCCUCCUCAGCCUUGCUGAGUCCCAAGAGAAAUCAAGUUAUUUUUGGCAGUUUGUCAAGAAAUAUAAUCAACCCAAGGUAGAAAAUGAAAGCUCAAGAGCUGUGUGGAAAGUGCUGAACAGUCCGUUUCGGUCGGUGACGGAUCUCAAAGCAAAGGGCAUCCAUUUUCGGCGGAGUUCAUAUUGCUUGACGGACUUCAAGUUCCUCUCCUUCGCCUUCUACGCUCAACUCCAACUUCCUUCCUUCUACGUAACACACAAUGCCAAAGUGUACUUCUCAAAUAUGAUUGCGUUCGAGAUGUCUCCCGAGACACACACAGACUAUGCUGUAACGACUUACUUUAAUUUCAUGAAACCGCUGAUCCACAAUGCUAAUGAUGUGAAAGUGCUGCGGGAGAAAGGCAUAUUGUACAGCUUGUUGGCGAGCGAUGAAAAGGUGGUUGAAUUGUUUAAAAGCAUCGACACUUAUGGAUACUCAAACUUUGGCCUUUUUCGUGACGUGAAGAUGAGGAUUGAGGAGCACUGCAACAACAAAGCGAGGACGUGGAUGGCUGAUCUCCUGAACACCAAAUUUCAGAGCCCAUGGACUGUUAUAGCUCUUGUCACGGCCACGUUUUUGCUAUGUCUUACUUUUUUGCAAACUUACUUUACAAUUAAUCCACGCGAUUGA